AUGGCAGCCAUGCUGUUACCAACGGGUCCUGAUGGCUUGCGGCGGUUCACUCGCGAAUCCUUGGCUGCGCUGGAGCAGCGGAUUGCGGAGGAGCAGGCCAAGAACGUCAAGGCUUGCCCCGAGGCUCACAGGAACGCAGAGCCCCCCAAACCCAGGGCUGACCUGGAGGCAGGCAAGCAGCUGCCGCGCAUCUUCGGGGAAAUCCCGAAAGAACUCAUCGGGGUGCCACUGGAAGACAUUGAUCCGUUUUACUACAAGAACAAGAGGACUUUUAUAGUACUUAACAAAGGGAAGGUCAUCUUCAGAUUCAGUGCCACGUCUGCAGUUUACAUAUUUAGUCCAUUUCACUUCAUAAGAACACUCGCCAUCAAAGUUUUAGUCCAUUCGUUGUUCAGCUUGUUCAUAAUGUUCACUAUACUGACCAACUGUUGCUUCAUGGCCAUGUCUGACCCGGCACCAUGGACCAAGCACCUGGAGUAUACUUUCACUGGCAUUUACACUUUCGAGUCUGGGAUAAAGAUAUUAGCGAGAGGAUUCUGUAUAGUACCGUUCACCUUCUUGAGAGAUCCGUGGAACUGGCUGGACUUCACCGUCAUCAUCAUGGCAUAUGUGACCGAAUUUGUAGACCUGGGGAACGUCUCAGCGUUAAGAACCUUCAGAGUACUGCGAGCACUGAAAACCAUCUCCGUUAUCCCAGGUCUGAAGACGAUUGUCGGCGCUCUGAUCCAGUCUGUCAGGAAGCUGGCAGACGUGAUGAUCCUGACUGUCUUCUGUCUCAGCGUGUUCGCCCUCAUCGGCCUGCAGCUCUUCAUGGGGCUGCUGCGGCAGAAGUGCAUCCGCAGCCUGGCGCACUGCAUCAACUCCACCUACAGCCCCAACGCAUCGUUCAUCUGCAACAACAGAACAUGGAGCUCCAGGGCGGACUUCCUGGGCAGCGAAGAUAAUUUCUACAAAGUUGAAGGAGCAAAGGAUGCCUUAAUAUGUGGAUAUGGAAGUGAUGCAGGGAAGUGUCCAGAUGGAUUUGACUGCCUAAAAGUAGGGAGGAAUCCAAACUAUGGCUACACCAGUUUUGAUACCUUCGGCUGGGCUUUCCUGGCCCUCUUCCGACUCAUGACACAAGACUACUGGGAAAAACUGUUUCACCAGACGUUGCGUUCAGCAGGAAAGACCUACAUGGUUUUCUUCGUGCUGGUUAUCUUCCUGGGCUCUUUCUACCUUGUCAACCUCAUCCUGGCUGUAGUGGCCAUGGCCUAUGAGGAGCAGAAUCAGGCAACAAUCGCUGAGGCCUGGCAGAAGGAGAGGGAGUUUCAGCUGGCGAUGGAGCAUCUGCGCAAAGAGCAAAGAUUGGCAAGAAAACAACAACAAGCCCAGGAUACAGACUCAGUGUUGUCCCCAGAGCUGUCUCCAAUCUGUCUGAAGAUGGGCAGCAUACGUCGAAACAGCAGCAGAAGAAGAAGAUCGCACAGGGCAUUGUCGGAGGAAACAGAGGAGGAAGCUCCUUCUCUGUCUCCUCUUCCGGUCCACCCGCUACUGGCCACACUCUCUUCUCACCCCCUCAGCACCAGGAGAGGAAGCCAAGCCAGCGUCUUCAGCGCGUUCCGGCCGCGCAACAACUCGGAGGCGGACUUCGGGGACGACGAGUUCAGCACUCACGGGGACACUUUCAGAAGUCGAGCAAAUUCAAUAGCAACGCCCUGGAAAAGAAGGACCGGCAGUGUGCGGAGCCACAGCUCCCAAGUCUUCACCCCCAACUACAACAUCAACGGCAGGCUCAACAUCACCUUGGAUCAGAACGGAGUCACCACUCUGGGACUACAUUCUCCCAUGUCCAUGCCCUCUUACAGCAUGGAGAGGUUCAGGGAGGAAUUGAAGCCUGGCAGUAUAGAAGACACAGUUCCUAACCUUCUCCUUCAGCCUUCCCCGACGAUCACUGAGCCUCGUCCAGCGCAGAGGAAAAGAGUCUUGAGCUCUGUUAGCUUCUUCAGCGAUGCCAUGGGUGAGCUGGAGGUGUCGAGGCAAAAGUGCCAUCCCUGCUGGUACACGUUCGCCAAGAAGUACCUGAUAUGGGACUGCUGCCCCUGGUGGCUGACGCUGAAGGAGUGGGUGAAGUACAUGGUGAUGGACCCUUUCCUGGAUCUGGGUAUCACCAUUUGCAUUGUGCUGAACACCCUCUUCAUGGCUCUGGAGCACUACCCAAUGACUGAUGAGUUCAACACCAUGCUUUCCAUUGGCAAUCUGGUUUUCACAGGGAUCUUUACAGCUGAGAUGGUGCUGAAGCUGAUUGCCAUGGACCCCUACUACUACUUCCAACAAGGCUGGAAUAUUUUUGACGGCGUCAUUGUUUGCCUCAGUCUGAUGGAGUUGGGUCUUUCCAAUGUAGAGGGGCUGUCUGUCCUGCGAUCUUUCAGACUGUUACGAGUCUUCAAGCUGGCGAAAUCCUGGCCCACUCUCAACACUCUCAUCAAGAUCAUCGGCAACUCGGUGGGCGCCCUGGGAAACCUGACGCUGGUGUUGGCCAUCAUCGUCUUCAUAUUCGCCGUGGUGGGCAUGCAACUGUUUGGCAAGAACUACCAGGACUGUGUGUGUAAGAUCUCCAUCGACUGUCAGCUGCCUCGCUGGCACAUGAAAGACUUCUUCCACUCCUUCCUGAUCGUGUUCCGGGUGCUGUGCGGCGAAUGGAUCGAGACCAUGUGGGAUUGUAUGGAAGUGGCCGGGCAGCCCCUCUGUCUCCUGGUGUUCAUGUUGGUCAUGGUCAUAGGCAACCUUGUGGUGUUGAACCUUUUCCUGGCCCUGUUGCUCAGCUCCUUCAGCUCAGACAACCUCUCUGCUCCAGACGAAGACGGUGAUUUGAACAACAUCCAGAUCGCCAUCGCCCGCAUCGAAUCCGGUUUCUCCUGGCUCACAUCGUGCAUCUUCGACCUCUGCAGACGCAGCUCGAAGCGGCGAGAGCAGAAGGCCAACGAAAUAUCCAAGCUGGUCGGGAAUCACGUGGAGAGCAAUGGUGGAAUUUGUGGACGCUAUGGAGAGAAGUACAUCGUGCCGGGGGAGGACAGCUACAUGACAAACCCCAACUUGACUGUCAUUGUUCCCAUCGCACCCGGAGAGUCCGACGUGGAGUUUCUUGAGGAGGAGGAGAUUUCUGAGUCUUCAGAGGAUGAAAACAGCAAACCAGAGCUGGUCAGCCUAUCGGAGGGCAGUACAGUGGAUCUGAGGAAGCCUGAAGAAGAGAUGGACAACAUAUCAGAGCUGGCUGAGGAGAACAUGGAGCCGGAGGAGUGCUUCCCACAAUUCUGCAUCAGGCACUGUCAAUGCUGUGAGGUGGAUACGAGCCGCGGGCUGGGCCAGGCCUGGUGGAGGCUGAGGAAGACCUGCUACCAGAUUGUGGAACACAGCUGGUUUGAGACCUUCAUCAUCUUCAUGAUCCUGCUCAGCAGUGGGGCUCUUGCAUUUGAAGACAUCUACAUUGAGAAGAGGAAAGUCGUGAAGGUGGUGCUGGAGUACGCCGACAAGGUCUUCUCCUACAUCUUUGUGCUGGAGAUGUUCCUCAAAUGGAUCGCAUACGGCUUCAAGAAGUAUUUCACCAACUACUGGUGCUGGCUCGACUUUCUCAUCGUGGAUGUGUCCUUGAUAAGCCUGGUAGCAAAUUCAUUGGGAUAUUCUGACUUUACUGCGAUCAAGUCCCUGAGGACUCUACGCGCUUUGAGACCUCUCAGAGCUCUGUCUAGAUUCGAGGGCAUGAGGGUUGUCGUGAAUGCUCUAAUAGGAGCCAUCCCUUCCAUUAUGAACGUGCUGCUCGUGUGUCUCAUCUUCUGGCUCAUCUUCAGCAUCAUGGGGGUCAACCUGUUCGCUGGCAAGUUCGGGAAGUGCGUGAACAGAACUGGUUUCAUUCACAAUGUCUCUUUGGUCAACAACAAGUCAGAGUGCCUCUCUAUGAACGACACCCAGUUCUACUGGACAAAAGUGAAGGUCAACUUCGACAACGUGGGACUUGGCUACCUUUCCCUUCUGCAAGUGGCUACAUUCAAAGGAUGGAUGGAAAUAAUGCACGCAGCUGUUGAUUCAAGAGGAGUGGAGGAACAACCCAUCAGAGAAAUCAACCUCUACAUGUACCUUUACUUUGUCAUCUUCAUCAUAUUCGGCUCCUUCUUCACCCUCAAUCUCUUCAUCGGUGUCAUUAUUGACAACUUCAAUCAGCAGAAAAGAAAGAUGAGUGGACAGGAUAUCUUCAUGACUGAAGAACAGAAGAAGUACUACAAUGCUAUGAAGAAAUUAGGAUCCAAAAAACCCCAAAAGCCAAUACCAAGGCCUACGAACAUUCUCCAAGCCUUCUUCUUCGAUCUUGUGUCAAAGCAAGCCUUCGACAUCAUGAUCAUGAUGCUCAUCAUCAUCAACAUGGUGACCAUGAUGGUGGAAACCGACGAGCAGUCAGAGCGCAUGGAGUCCAUUCUCAACAAGAUCAACCUGGCCUUCAUCGUGAUCUUCACCACUGAAUGCCUGAUCAAGAUCUUUGCCCUCCGCUGUUAUUUCUUCACAGUUGCAUGGAACAUCUUUGACUUUGUGGUGAUAAUUCUCUCCAUUGUGGGGAUUGUUCUCGCAGACAUCAUUGAGAAGUACUUUGUAUCUCCAACCCUGUUUCGGGUCAUCAGACUGGCAAGGAUAGGACGUGUACUUCGACUUAUACGUGCAGCCAAAGGAAUAAGGACUCUACUGUUUGCCUUAAUGAUGUCCAUGCCAGCACUGUUCAACAUUGGCCUCCUGCUCUUCCUCGUAAUGUUCAUUUAUGCUAUCUUUGGUAUGGCGAACUUUGCCUACGUGAAAAAACAAGAUGGGAUUGAUGACAUGUUUAACUUUGAGACCUUUGGGAAUAGUAUGAUCUGCCUUUUUCAGAUCAGUACCUCGGCAGGCUGGGAUAACCUAUUGAGUCCUAUAAUGGCCAGCUACUCAGAGGAGUGCGACCUUCACUUUGUCAAUACUGGCACUAACACCCGGGGAAACUGUGGCAGCCCCUCAAUGGGCAUCGCUUUCUUUGUCAGUUACAUAAUCAUUUCUUUUCUCAUUGUGGUAAAUAUGUACAUAGCUAUCAUUCUGGAGAACUUCAGUGUUGCCACAGAGGAGAGUACGGAGCCACUGAGUGAGGAUGAUUUUGAAAUGUUUUAUGAGGUUUGGGAGAAGUUUGAUUCUGAGGCCACGCAGUUCAUUGAGUUCUCCAUGCUGUCAAUCUUCGCUGACAAUUUGUCGGAGCCACUGCGCAUAGCCAAGCCCAACAGAAUCAAGCUGAUCUCCAUGGACCUUCCCAUGGUCAGCGGGGAUCGGAUCCACUGCCUGGACAUCCUGUUUGCCUUCACAAAGCGUGUCCUGGGAGAGUCUGGUGAGAUGGACGCCCUCAAGCAGCAAAUGGAAGAGAAGUUCAUGGUCACCAACCCAUCUAAGAUUUCCCACGAGCCCAUCACUUCCACACUGCGUCGCAAACUGGAAGAUGUGUCUGCGAUCAUCAUCCAAAGAUGUUACAGGAGGCAUCUGGUGCGCCGGCAGAUGAAGCAGGCAUCCUACCUCUACAGACAAAUGAACUAUGAGACUGAAGUGGAUGUGGAGAAUGCACCAGCAACAGUGGGGCUGAUAGCCUCCAUGAUGCAGCACUAUGGAAUCAUUGACAUUGUACAGACAACAGAGGACACUUUACUGUCCUCACCACCAUCUUAUGACAGCGUGACCCUGGCAGCCAGUGACCUCUCUGAGGUCGUCAGAUCAAUAUCCAGAGACUCUGAACUUGGGGAGCCUGGUGAAAACUACGAGGAAACUUUCCUUUGAGAAUCGAUUAUGUGGAGAGUGUUUGUGUGGUUUUGUCUGUUUUGUUUACAGCAGAG